UAUGUUGGGGUUACAGGAGGUCUAAACACAGUCACCAUGAAGCUGAGCUGGAUGCUCAUAGAGUGGGCUCUUUAUGUCUGUCCGGCUGUGCUCCUGGCAACCCAGAUGUUACUGGCUGGAUGUCAUGUUGCUGCCAGUUUGGAGACUCUGAAGUGUGAAGGGCCCAUCAGCACUGAGCACAGCAGCUGCCAAGCUGCUGCCGAGGAGGAUGAGGGUGAUGAAGAUGACGAGGACAUGACCCACUCCAGUGAAGCUGGCUUCCAGUUCAAGGGCUACGCAUUCAGUAAACCUUUCCAUCUCAUUGUUUCCUAUGACUGGCUGAUCCUCCAAGGUCCAGCUACAUCGAUAUUUGAAGGAGACACACUGGUUCUACACUGCCGUGCCUGGCAAGACUGGCCACUCACUCAGGUCAUCUUCUACCGAGAGGGCUCAGCCCUGGGUCCUCCCGGACCUAAAAGAGAAUUCUCUAUCACUGCCGUGCAGAAGUCAGACAGUGGACACUACCACUGUAGUGGCAUCUUCAGGAGCCCUGGUCCUGGGAGCCGAGAGAUCGCAUCCCCUGUGGCUAUCACCGUCCAAGAGUUGUUUGCAGCCCCAGUUCUCAAAGCCUUACCUUCUAGUGAGCCUCAAGAGGGAGGCUCAGUGACCCUGAGCUGUCAGACAAAUCUGUCCUUGCAGAGGUCAGCCUCCCGCCUCCUCUUCUCCUUCUACAAGGAUGGAAGGUCACUGAGUAUCAGAGGAGUCUCUUCAGAACUCCAGAUUCCCAAAGCCUCAGAAGAACACUCUGGCUCCUACUGGUGCGAGGCAGCAACUGAGGACAGGCAAAUUUCGAAGCAGAGCCCAGAGCUGGAGAUCUGGGUAGAGGCUCUUCAGAAACCAACUGCUUCAGAAACUCCUCCUACAGAAGCUCCUGGUCCUCUGCCUUCAUCACCUGGUCCUUCUUCUGAGCAGCCAAGAUUCUUCUCCUCAGACCCUCACCUUCAUCACCAGAUAAACCUUCUUCUCAAACAAAUGCAAGAUGUAAGAGUCCUCCUUGGUCAUGUGGUUAUGGAGCUGAGGGACUUGUCUGUCUACCUGAAGCCUGGUGCCACAAAGGUUGCUGACAAAUGAAAGCAAGCUGUUCAUCUGUGAUUUGUUCCAGCACCACAAUAAUUCCAGCUCUUUCUGUACCACACAUAUGCAGGCAGUAUUGCAAGAGGGUUUGAUACUUAGAUAGAACAACAGAACUGUUUGAGUGUAAAUAAAUGCAUACAGGGUUAUACCCAGA